UUGGUAAUUGUGAUCAGGCUACGACAUCGUAUACACACUAUUAUUUACGCUCGCCCGAGAAGACCUUUCCCCUCCCUCAAGAAUUUUCCAAAACCCUACUGCAACUACACUGCCUAUUCUACUGUGUCCCCACCCCAAUACCCCAUCCCAAAACCCUCCAACUCCCGCUGCUUAAACUUGUCGUUCAGAAUAACUCUCUCUCUGCCUGGUUAUACAUACAAAUUCUACAGAAGCGGAUGCGGAUUAGCCGUCAGAUUCAUUGAUCGUAAGAAAAGAAAGAAGAGUUUGGGACAUGGCAGGAGGGAGAUUUAGGGAACUGUUGAGGAAGUACGGAAAGGUCGGAUUGGGUGUCCACCUUUCUGUAUCUGCGGCUUCCAUCACCGGGCUGUACGUGGCGAUUAAGAAUAACGUCGACGUGCAGGCCUUGUUCGAAAAGGUCGGCGUGCAGGCCCCGUCCAAAGAAGGAGGAGGAGAAGCAGCAGCAGCCAAACCCGGAGGAGCCCAAGAUCUCAAUACCAACCCCGAGACUUCCACCACCACAUCCACAGAUGGGUUCGUCGUGGAGGAGGAGUUCAAGAAGAGGAAUCGGACUGCCGAGCUGGCGGCAUCCAGUGGUGGGGCACUGGCUCUGGCAUUGCUGCUUAACAAGGCUCUGUUUCCUAUAAGGGUUCCCAUCACCCUCGCUCUUACACCUCCCGUGGCCAGGUUUCUCAGGAGCCGACAAAUUAUCAAGAACGGUCUAUAGGUUUUUCACUACUUACUCCCUUUUUCUUCUUGCUCGUCCUUCCCCUUCCCCCACCCCCUCCCUCUUGCCCGAAUGGCAGGCUGGGGCCGGGGGAGAGACAUCAGAGUUGUCUUGAUGCUAUUUGCUUGAUAUUGGGUUCGGCUUUGCAAGUUGUGAUUUUGGGUCACAUUGCUGAGGAAAUCAUUAUGACAGAGAGAAAGGAACAUCUGUGAAUUACUGCUAUUACAUACUACUAGUCUUUAUAUAUGGUUCUGCAUUUGUAUAAUUUCUAUGGAAUUUUGGUCUUUACGAAUUUUGGGGCUGAGACUGAGGAUUCAUUCAUUAGCCUUGCUACUAAAAGGUGAGCCUGUCAACAGAAGUUCAUGUUAAAAUCUUCAAACACUCCUUAAACAUCAAUAAACGCAAAAGAAGGGAUUUCUGAAGAGUGCUAAUAUCAUUUCCCUCCAUUCUUGAGUCGACUUGGGGCUAUUUGCAGUCUUGUAUACUGAAGGCAAUCUAUGUACUAAUUGUGGAUAUAUGAACUAUUUUUGUUCA